AUGGUUCAUUUCAAUACCUCAUCGCAAAUCUUAAAAGCGCGUACGAAUGAGCUGAAACAAUGCGACAAGGUCGUCUUCCUCCGCAUAAAUGCCGAGUCUGCCAUGUACCAUCUUUCCACCCGAGCUCUGUUUGCCGACACGCUUCCAGAUGAACGUGACUGGGCCCAGCUACAGCAAUAUCUCUCUAUGCGUCCACCUUCAGGGGCUGUCGAAUGGACAGAGUCACCUCUACUCGGCUCCAUCCCUCAACUAUUUACGCUUAUUCUCGAGACUACUCGACUAAGCCGCGCUGUGCCGCUCAACACUGCUCUUAUGGAGAAAGCCAAAACUUAUCUGGACGAGAUCCAAGACAACAAACUUCGCCUGGCCUUGUUGAAGUCAAAGAUUGCCGCCGAAUACGAGAAUUUGGAGCGGACAAUGGAACUCGAAGUCUAUUGCAUGCCAAGGCUAUACCUUCUUGCCUUGGAGAUUUUCUUGUUCAAAAUUAUGGGACCAAUAACCACCCACGCCGAUAGCCCGGAGAUCCAGAAACGUGCCGAUGAAGCUCAUGUUCUGUUCCGAAGCGCACCCUUCCAGAUCAUUCACGACAAGAUGCGACCUGGUCCAGACCCAGCCUAUCCGUUCACCGAAAGUAACUGUUGGCCGUUGAUGAUCAUUGGAUGCGCUACUACUCGGCAAGAGCACAUUGCGACGUUAAAGGCUGUCUUCCUCAACCUCUGGAGAGUACGUUAUAGUGGCUAUGUGAGGAAGGUCAUUCGAGUGGUCGAUGCUGCUUGGAAAAUUAACCACGCGUACUGCGAGAGUAAGAGUGACUUGUCUCCUGAGGCAGCCAUGAACUCCGCAUCUGAGGCAAUGGCUCCAAUGGAUGGUUUGGAUGUUCUCAUUCAAAGGCAGGGGGUGGGAUGGGGAAGCUUUAGUUGA